AAUGCUGUACAGUUUGAAGAGAAAGUGGAAUUGGUGCACAUCAUCAAACAAGCUGCCAAGGAAAGGCUGCAGCUGGAACAGCAGCUGGCCCAUAUCAGGACAAAGGAGAAAGUCGACCAACCCGCUACCGGAGAUAGCUACCGACACGAACUUGAGGAGGCCAAUGAAAUACUCCACACACAGAUCGAAAAACUUGAACAGGCUCUUCAGAAGGCUGGGCAUUUA